AUGUCGGUCAGUUCCAGAGGAAGAAACGCAGAGCUUCGUAUUCCGAGGAAAUGGACGGACAGAGAAGCUACUCCUGAGCGAAUCAGAGUCUGGGGUCACCCCCACGCCACCAACAAUGCCGCUCAAGAAAAUGGCGAUAAUAAGGCCACAAACAGUUUCCCCGAGGAGGAGAAGAAAGUCCCCGUCGUUUACUACCUCUCCAGAAAUGGACAGCUCGAGCACCCUCAUUUCAUGGAAGUCCCCCUCACCGCUCCCGACGGUCUCUAUCUCCGAGAUGUGCUCGACCGCUUGAAUCUUCUCCGCGGCAAAGGCAUGGCUGCUCUCUAUUCCUGGUCCUGUAAACGGAGCUACAAAAGCGGUUUCGUCUGGCACGAUUUGGCGGAGAGCGAUUUCAUCUACCCUGCCCACGGCAACGAGUACGUCCUCAAAGGCUCGGAGCUUCUCGAACCGCCGCCGCCGCCGCAGAAAUCGCUCGUCGACUCCACGGCUUCCUUCAGAUCCGUCAAGUUACCGGCCGAGAUUCAGAGCCACAAGUCAUCGUCAUCGUCCCCGCCGUCGAGCGACGAUCUGGAUCCUCGCCCGCUGGUCACGCGGCGGAGGAACCAGUCCUGGAGCUCCAUCGAUCUGAGCGAGUACAAGGUGUAUAAAGCGGAGCCGUUCUCCCAGUCGAGCCGGAGGCUGGCGGCGGACGCGGCGACUCAGACCGACGACAAGAGGCGGCGGAGGAGGCCGGUGAAGCCGGCCGAGGAGGAAAUAGGAGAGAUCGUUGAGGCGUCAGACGUCGACGGAGCGAGGCGGGACCGCCGGGAGCUUGGAGGAGGGAGCAGAGAGGAGAUCGAGAUCUCGCCUCCGCCGUCGGACUCCAGCCCGGAGACGCUGGAGACGUUGAUGAAAGCGGAUAGACGGCUGAUACUGGGCGGGAGGAGCGGCGGAGCGGAGAAUUCGAAUCCGACGGCGGAGAACGGCGGAAGGGUGAAGGCGUCGACGGUCCUGAUGCAGUUGAUUUCCUGCGGGUCCAUCUCGUUCAGGGACUGUGGGGCCGCGGCGGUGAAGGAGCAAGGGCUCUCUUUGAUUGGGCAAUACAAGGGGAGGCUGCCACGUGGCGUUGGGGACCACUUGGCCGGGGCAUCCAGGGAACUUGGGAUUUCUCCAGGGGUAAGAUUGGAAGAUAAAGAGUAUUUUAGCGGGAGCGUGAUCGAGACGAAGAAGGAAGAGAUUCCUGCUGCUCUGAAGCGGUCUAAUUCCUACAAUGCUGACAGGAUGUCACAGUUGCAACAACUGGGGGAGAAGGAGAUGGAAGGAAGUAGUGGCCGCCGUAGCGCCGCGGCCACGAAAUGCAUCCCGAGGAGGCUGCCCAAGGCCGGGGCGGCGACGCCGAGCAGGAAAGAAAAGGAGAAGAGUAGCAGCAGCCACCACCAGGGUGAUGGAAGUAACAGCAGUCAAGGUGGCGGUGGCGGUAGUGGGAGCAAGAGAUUUGAGUCGACCAACGUCAAGCAAGUUGAGGGAAUCCAAGAUGGUAAUUAA